AUACACAACAUUAUUCAAAAUUUUACCUAUUUCAAAUUUUCCAAUGAUCUCGAAAUAUCUAACGAUCAUAAAUCGUUAGAUACUUUCAAUCUUACUAAUUAAAACACAUUUAACAUAUAAUAGUAUACAAAUGUAAAUAUUGUUAUAAGGAACUAGUAAUGAUAAUCAUAAUCGAAAAUUUUUAAUUCAUAAAAAGAAACUGGUGUUAAAAGUUAUGUUACCUUGAAGAAUCCUUGAACUUUUUGAAAUACCUUCUAGUUGAACAAUCAUUAAACAUUGGAAAUUGAGCAGUCAACUGCCAUAAUAACCUUUUCAAAGACUAUAUAUAAAUGAAUACAAAUCUACCUAGUAAUGUUAUGCAUUAUAUUAUAUAAUUGGUUUUAUCGGAAUCAGAUUGUAUCUUCUCUUGGAUUAUUAUCAUCAGUUGUCAUGUGACACAUAUUAACAAUCUAUUUCCACACUUUGAGUUAAAAUGAGAUAUGUUUGUUUAGACUCUAUAGUUCUCGAAAUUUACAUUCAUAUUUAAUAACGAAAAAACAAAAAAAGUUCAAUUAUGUAACAACUUAAAAUCGUACUUUAGUGUUUAUGUAACGACUGUUGUAUAAAUAUAAUUGGUUGACCUAUGGAAAGUGAUAAGUCUGGUUUGAUUAAAUCCCCUGGUUCUGUAUUAAGGAGACAAGGUCGAACAAACAGUAUACGUGGUCAGAUCCGCAGUUUAACAAACAAAAUGACUCCUCAACCAGUUAACAAACUGGAGGAUAUAAAACAUGAACAAAAGUCAGUAAUCACUGAAGAAAUUCCAACUACACGUGUGAAUACACGUCUAUUUAAUGCACGUAAACAAUUCUCCAAACCAACUGUUCCAAUAAUAUCACUCGAUGAUCAAAACUCCUUAACUACUAGUCCUCAAUCAUCAAGAUCCACAUUCAGUCAUAAAAAAAUGUAUAAGACCGAUUCAAUUGAGUCUAGAACAUCAAUGCCUGUGUCACCAUCCGAAUCACAUUAUUCACCUCAUUUUGAAAAAAAUUUAACACAGGUCACUACAACUAUGCGUGCACUGUCAACGUCUCCACGUGUAGGCUCACCGAAUGCUUUGAUUCCUCCCUAUAAUAAAUCUUUACAGCCUUUGGCUUUUUCAUAUGAUUCCAUAAAUCCUGACUAUCAAAUAAAUAAAGAUACAAGUGACAAACAUUCACGUGAAAUCUACACCACUAAUAAUAGAGUUAAACCGAAAGGUCUAUUAAAUCCUAAAUCUGAACUCAUUAAAAGUCCUCAAGUAACAGGGAAAAACUUGAUUCCGAUGACGUCCUCUGUAAUGACAUCAACAUCAGCAAUAGCAUCAAAUACAGGUGAUGAUAUUUUAUUAGGAUUAGUGCAUCAAAAAUCAACAGAGUCACAUGAUUCCUCAAUAAGCAUGCCUAGUGUUACUAGUUCCGGUGGUAGUCCAUACACAUCAGUUGGUUCACGACUACUUAGACAAAACAAAAAGGAAGAUAAGUUAUACAGAAGUACUGAAGUUAAUUUUUAUACGGAUGACGAUGGAAUAAAGCAGAGUGAACAGCAUAUUGUAAGACGUUCAAGUUAUGAAAUGGCCACUGGUAAGAUAGAACUUCCAGUUGAAAAUCAAAAAAAGAAGAAGUUUUGGAAAGAAGCAUUAUGCACAUUGAAAGGAAAAAAAGAGUUGCUAUUCAAAAAACAAAUGAAAAGGUCAGAUGAAUGCAUGGAAUUUGGUGACCCUGUAUAUCAUUUACUGCGAUGUGCUGCAUCUCCUGGUAAGUAAAUUGAUAACAUAAGAAUUCUCAAGCAUUUUUCAGCAGCUUGUUUGUUAUUUUACUAAAUGAAAUACAUGGAUAUAGAUGAUAGGUGGUUGGAAGUAGAUAACUAAAAAUCCUGCUUGACCUAGGUUUUAUAUCAAUUAAAACUUAGCAGUAGCUUGUUCCUGUGGUAGUUAGCGAACUGAUUUACUCUGUGGAAUUCAAACUUGCAUCACCCAGUUUCACAUAUUAGGAUAGUAUCAGAAAGCUAGUCAGGUCAAGUGCCGAAUAGCAUGAAGCCUUAAUCAAACAUGUUUUCUUGUUGAUUACCGCCAACCACCUAACAUUUCAAUGAAGUUCAUGUGAUAUCGUGUUACCUGAAAUAAUUGCUAAAAUGCCACUUAUGUGAUAGGAUUUGGACAGAAUUUAGAAGGAUAGACGAAUAUUACAUCGGUCACUUUUCAGUGAUUAAACAAUAGUAAUUUAGAUAUUCACCAAACGUAAAAUAUCAUUUAAAUAGUACAACUCACUCUAACAUCAGUUAGUUUAAAACUGUCGGUUUUACGUUAGUUUUCACCUUGACAACACAAACUGAUUUCUUGAGACUCUAACACUAAAAUUGUCUAACCAAAUGGAAUAACAUGUGAAACGUUGAAGAAUAAUGUUAAACGUUUAUCAAGUUUUCUAUAUACAUAUCAAUUAUGACCUGAAUGUUUGUACAUUAAAUUUGGAUAGUCUUAUCUAAACGAAGCAGCAUCCAUAUUUUUUCUAAGUUAUCCUCAGUCCCUUAUUAUAUAUUCAGACAGGAAUUAGACUCAUUCCUGUAAUUCUUUACUAAAAAUAUGUUUAUGAGUUCAACUAGCCAUUAAAAUACCACCAGUAACUAUGAUAUAUUUUUUAUGAAACUAUGUCACUUAUUUAAUUGUUAUAUCGUUCUUACACUAUAGUAGUGAAUUAGAACUAAACUUUGAAUAAAAGUAAUUGUUUCACUUCUCAUCAAGAAUGUAGAAAUAUUAUUUCAAUCAUAGUUACUAUUUCAUUAUGUUCUCGUAUGCAUAUUACUUACUUACUUACAUACGUACUUACGCCUGUUACUCCCAAU